ACCCGUGGAUUGUGUUGUCGCCGGUGGUUCUCCCCGCCGGCGAGCUCCUUCCUUCGCCAUGGUACACCUGCCGAUGCAAGUAAUAAUAAAAUAAUACAAUCGUCCAGGCAUCACACCAGGGGGCACCAUUUCCAGUUAAAUUCGAAAGGGAAGCUGACUGAAAGAAGAAAAAAUGAUAGACAUCUCAGUCCGACGGCCAGCCAUUGCAGUUUCCGCCAUGAAAGUGACCCAAAAGAAAUCGUCAAUAUCCUUCUGUUCGAUAUUGACACUGUAAUAACGACCUUGUACCCUCCAAAAGGCACUGCCGGCUUCGAAUGAAAUACUUCCACCCAAUAGAAAUUGACAGAACAAAAAUCUUCUUUGCACUUCCCUCCUCGUUUAUAUAAGAAAAUCAACAAGAAAUGGAGUUCUUCCCACUUCAGCCGUUCUUCUUCGACGCCUCUUUGUAUAUUGACACUACUGUAGACAUGGCUCCAAUUGUGUUUCUCAGGUGAAAUCAAUCAUCACAGAGAGACAGACAGAGAGACAGCGAUGAAGGGAAAUGGCAAAGGUGGGCUUUUCCGCUAUGCGGAUUGGAUAGACAUGGUGUGGAUGGUUGCUGGAACUCUAGGGAGCAUCGGGGAUGGAUCCAUGACUCCACUUACCAUGUACAUUCUAAGCGAUGUCAUCAACAACUAUGGCGGCUCUCAGUUGAAUGGUUCAAACAAGACCGUCGAGAAGUAUGCUUUGAGAUUGCUCUUCCUCGCAAUUCUAGUUGGUGCAUCAGCUUUCUUAGAAGGACUGUGUUGGACAAGAACAUCCGAGAGGCAGACAUCUCGAAUGAGGUUGGAGUACCUUAAAGCAGUGCUAAGACAGGAAGUUGGUUUCUUCGACGGAGAGUCUGCUUCGUGUAGCACUUUCCAAGUCAUCUCUGUCAUUUCUUCUGAUGCUCAUGUAAUCCAGGACACCAUAGCUGAGAAGAUACCAAACUGUCUGGCUCAUCUCACAUCAUUCAUCGCCAGCAUCCUGGUCUCGUUCUUGCUCUCAUGGGAACUGGCUAUAUCAGCCUUGCCAUUCGCCAUCUUGUUUAUUGCCCCUGGACUGGGGUUUGGGAAGCUGCUGGUUAAACUUGCAGGGAAAUCCAAAGAAGCAUAUGAAAUGGGUGGUACGAUUGCUGAGCAAGCAAUCUCAUCGAUCCGGGUUGUCUACUCCUAUGUCGGGGAGGCUCAAACGCUGGGGAGAUUCAGUAACGCACUUCACAGAAGCAUGGAGAUUGGGAUCAAGCAAGGGUUGACUAAAGGGGUUCUGAUUGGAAGCAUGGGGAUGGUAUAUGGAGCUUGGGCUUUCCAAGCUUGGGUUGGAAGUUAUCUGGUCACUGAAAGGGGCCAAAAGGGUGGUGCUGUUUUCGUCUCGGGAGCCUGUGUCAUCAUUGGAGGAGUGUCCAUCAUGAAUGCGCUACCCAAUCUUUCAUUCAUCUCACAGGCAGUUUUGGCUGCUUCAAGGAUCAAUGAAAUGGUCGAUAGGGUCCCAGGUAUAGACUCUGAAGAUGACGAGAAGAAGGUCCUGUCACGUAUUAAAGGGAGCAUUUAUUUCAAGGAUGUUCAUUUCAGCUAUCCAUCUAGACCAGAAUCUCUGGUUCUCCGUGAAUUCAGCCUUCGAAUUCGUCAUGGAGAAACAGUGGCGCUUGUUGGAGGGAGUGGGUCAGGAAAGUCGACUGUCGUUGCUCUGCUGGAGAGAUUCUAUGAUCCUGUCAAAGGCACCAUAUUGCUUGAUGGCCAUGACAUAAAGAAACUUCAUCCUGGAUGGUUGAGAUCCCAAAUGGGGCUGGUAAAUCAAGAGCCAAUUCUGUUUGCAACGACCAUUCAAGAGAACAUUCUGUUCGGCAACGAGGAAGCUUCCACAAAACAUGUUGAAAGAGCUGCCAUGGCUGCAAACAUACAUGACUUCAUCAAGAAGUUACCCAAUGGAUACCAAACACAAGUGGGGCAAUUUGGUUUUCAGUUAUCAGGAGGGCAAAAGCAAAGGAUUGCUAUAGCAAGAGCACUGAUCAGAAAUCCAAAGAUUCUCCUUCUAGAUGAAGCCACAAGUGCAUUGGAUGCAGAAUCUGAAAGGGUGGUCCAAACCGCCCUUGAUAAAGCCUCAGUGGGCAGGACGACAAUCAUUGUUGCUCAUCGCCUGUCAACUGUAAGAAAUGCUGACAUGAUAGUUGUUCUUCAAUCUGGGGAGAUAGUUGAAUCAGGAAGCCAUGAUGAACUCGUUGACUUGGACAAUGGGAAAGGAGGAGCUUAUACCAAAAUGUUGAGAUUGCAGCAAUCAGUAGAUAAGAAUUCAGCAGUAGGCCCAAAUGUACCGAACAGAAUCCAUCGGAGCCCUAAAUAUCAUCCUCCACAAACUCCCGUAAGUGCUGGAAUAUCUGGAUGUCAAGGCAGCCCAUCUUCCUUCAGCCCAGUUUUCUCGAUCAACAUCGAACCGCCACUCCACACACAUUCCUAUCACCAAAAUGACAACAACAGCAAAGCAUCAUCAUCCUCAUCGUCAUCACAGUGGAGGCUGCUGAAAAUGAAUGCUCCAGAAUGGAGGAGAGGGUUUCUUGGCUGCCUAGGAGCUGCCACAGUUGGAGCAAUUCAACCAGCUCAUGCAUAUUGUCUAGGAUCAGUUCUGUCAGUAUACUUCUCUGAAGAAAAUAUAAAGUCAGAGAUCAUAACCUACUGCUUUCUCUUUUUAAGCUUUGCAGUUCUCAGCUUCACUUUCAACAUCAUCCAACAUUACAACUUCGCAAUCAUGGGAGAGAAAUUGGUGAAAAGGGUACGCGAGAAAAUGGUAGAGAAGAUGUUCACCUUCGAGAUCGAUUGGUUUGAUCAAGAACACAACACAAGUGCUGCCAUUUGUACUCGGCUAGCCAAUGAAGCACAGCUUGUUCGGUCCCUAAUUGGAGAUCGGAUGUCACUUCUGAUUCAGAUCUCCUUCAGUGCUACCAUUGCCUUUAUUGUCAGCCUGAUAGUCACAUGGAGACUAGCAAUUGUCAUUAUCUCAAUACAACCAGUAAUCAUUGGAAGCUUCUAUUCCAAAAGUGUGCUGAUGAAGACAUUGUCCGCAAAAGCACGUGCAGAACAGCGAGAGGGAAGUCAGUUAGCAAGUGAAGCAAUCAUCAAUCACAGAACUAUAACUGCCUUUUCAUCUCAAAGGAGGAUAUUAACACUGUUUGCGCAAGCAAUGGAAGGACCCAAAAAGGAAAUUGUGAAACAAUCAUGGUUUUCAGGUUUUGGGUUGUGUAGUUCACAAUUCCUGACCACAGCAUCUAUGGCUUUAACUUACUGGUACGGAGGGAAGCUGUUGAAUGAAGGAUUGAUAAAGCCUAAACACCUCUUCCAGGCAUUUUUUCUACUGAUGAGUACUGGUAAGAAUAUUGCUGAUGCAGGGAGCAUGAGUUCUGAUAUCGCCAAAGGAGGCAGUGCCAUUAGAUCGGUGUUUGAAAUCCUGGACAGAAAAACUGAGAUAGACCCAGUUGAUCCAAAGGGGAUAAAACUGAGGAAACCAAUCAAAGGCAAAAUUGAGCUUGACAAGAUAUUCUUUACUUACCAAACACGACCCGAUCAACCAAUCUUCAGAGGACUAAGCCUGAAGAUUGAAGCCGGGAAGACAAUAGCUCUUGUAGGUCCAAGUGGUUCAGGAAAGUCAACAGUUCUUGCACUUAUCGAAAGAUUUUACGAUCCACAAGGAGGGACCUUACUGAUAGAUGGACGUGACAUCAGGAGCUACAACUUGAGGAAGCUGAGAUCAUACAUUGCAUUGGUGAGCCAAGAACCGACUCUUUUUGCUGGCACGAUCCGCGAUAACAUUGCUCAUGGCAACGACAGCGCCACAGAAGCUGAGAUCAGAAGGGCUGCAAUCCGGGCCAAUGCUCAUCAGUUCAUCAGCUCCCUAAAACAAGGGUAUGAUACCUACUGUGGAGAGAGGGGAGUACAGCUUUCAGGAGGCCAGAAGCAAAGAAUAGCAUUGGCGCGAGCAAUCCUGAAGGACCCGGCAAUCCUGCUUCUCGAUGAAGCGACGAGUGCACUCGAUAGCAUGUCGGAGAACCUUGUCCAGGAAGCACUGGAGAAGAUGAUGGCUGAAAGGACAUGUGUUGUGGUUGCUCAUAGAUUAGCCACAAUACAGAAGGCAGACACCGUAGCUGUGAUCAACAAAGGCAAAAUUGCAGAAGAAGGUUCACACAGGAAUCUCAUUGCUUUACAUGGUAUAUACUAUUCUUUGGUUAAGGCUCAAGGCGGGAAUUCUCCUUACAGAUAGAACAAGAAUUACUAAGUUACCUGUCAGGAUGUGUAAGAUAUAGAUAACCAAAUUCUAUGCAGUUUUCCUUUGUCAUCCUUCCCUCUCUCAUGGUCAUUUAUGAGUGAACAUACAGAUAAUUUGCCAGCCUUCUGAGACAUUUCGAUCCUUAGACCUGCAAAAGAAUAUGGUACUUUUCUCCUAGCAGCAAAUGAAGAACUGAAAGCACUACAACCGGUAGAAAGCAAUAAACGAAGUUGCCUUGCCUAUUUUGUCCUGGCUAACAGGCUAAUGCUCCAUGUAAUAAACAUCCCAGUUGCUGAACUACUGAAGUUAGCACCACCAUGAAACCAAUAUGUUCUAAGGAAAAUUUUAUGGAUGUCAGUAACAUGUGAAUCACUUGGCCCCGGCCCGAGGCGAAUCUUUCCCCAAGCUAGGCGGGCAUUCUGCUCUACCCGCCUACUGCAACAAGUUUCUGCGUUGGUUUACAUUGAUCUACGUUAACACACUUCAAUUUAGCAAAGCUAAAAGCUUUAUGAACCUUUGCCCUCUUUUUUAAAUCCCCACAACAACAGAAUCACUGUAAAAAUUUUGAACUCUCACGCUGCAUUGAUGGGCCCUCCACUUCCUCAUUCUCCAAAAUCGAUCACAGGUCGCACAAAAAUGAAAAACCCAGUAGGUUUCAACAUAUAAAUGAACGACAGACGAAAUGAAAACAUUAGAUCAAGCUACCAUGGAACCACGCCAUUGUGAGUUUUUGAAGAGGUACAAUCCGAAGUGGAACUACCCUGAUUUUGAUCAAAAGUCCCGAAACCCCAAAUAAUAAUAAAAAAGAAUUUAAUUUCGCGAGGAGGAAUUUGAUUUACUUGACAUCGACUAUGGUGAUGUUGGGUUCCCGUUAUGUAUGAGAUGCUUUCUCGACAUGAUUGCUGCCGUCACUCCCGCCACCGUCGAUCGCCGGUUUCCCACCCGGCGUGGCUGACCAAACAGUGAAAAGUGGCAGAUUUUUUCCCGCGGCGGAACCAUUUCGAUCAAUCUGGCGGGUGAUACACGCGGCUGGCUUUCAUUGGUCUUGAACGUGAGGCCGCGGUGGGUGAAUGAAACUGUAUGUUUGGG